CAGGCGGAGCUUCACUUGGAUGGUGUUAUUACAGCUACUGCGCAGCAUUACGUUAAUAACGUCCAUGUCUUAGGAACAACUCGUUAACGUGAGUACCGGAAGCAGGCUGUAACGGCACCGUUAAUAACGUCCAUGUCUUAGGAACAACUCGUUAACGGCAGAGUGUGGUUUGGUGCUCGUGUCUGGUUCCACUCACCCACAGCAGGAUGAUCUCUCAGGUCUUCAUCUUGUCCUCACAGGGAGACCACCUCAUCUACAAAGACUUCCGCGGAGAAGCAGGAAGUGAUGUUGUCAGUGUUUUCUACGAGAAGGUCACAGCCCUGACUGGAGACCAGCCUCCGGUCGUCAUGAGUCACGGAGAUCUUCACUUCGUCCACGUGAGACAGGGAGGACUCUACUGGGUUGCCACCACGACCAGCCCUGGCUCCUCCCCCUUCACCAUCAUCGAGUUCCUCAACAGGUUCUCCGCUCUGGUGAAGGAUUACUGCGGCAGCCUGUCGGAGAAGUCGGUGCAGAUGAACUUUGCCCUCAUUUAUGAGCUACUGGACGAGGUCGUGGACUAUGGUUACAUCCAGACGACGUCCUCUGACGUCCUGAAGAACUUCAUCCAGACUGAAGCCGUGUCCUCCAAACCGUUCAGCCUGUUUGACCUCAGUAACGUCGGCUUUUUUGGAGCCGAGACUCAGCAGAGUAAAGUGGCUCCGAGCUCAGCAGCCAGCAGACCCAUCCAGUCCAGCAGAGAGCAGGGAGGGAGGAGCGAGAUCUUCCUGGACGUGAUUGAGAGGAUGUCGGUGGUCAUCGGCUCCAAGGGCGUCGUGCUGAAGGCCGACGUGGAGGGGGAGGUCCGGGUCAAGUGCUUCAUGCCGAGCUGCUCGGAGAUGAGGAUCGGUCUGAAUGAGGAGUUCAGCAUCGGCAAGUCCCAGCUGAGAGGUUACGGCGCCGCGGUUCGUGUCGACGAGUGCAGAUUCCACCAGAACGUCCACCUGGACGAGUUCCACAGCAACCGGGUCCUGAGGCUCUGUCCCAGUCAGGGAGAGCAAACGGUGAUGCAGUACCAGCUGAGUGACGACCUGCCCUCAGCGCCCCCCUUCCGUCUCUUCCCAACGAUCGAGAGAGACAGCGGGGGAAGGCUGCUGAUGUACCUGAAGCUUCGCUGUGAUCUGCCAUCAAAGAGCGCUGCCAUCAACGUCUGUGCCACCAUCCCCGUUCCCAAAGGCUCUGUGAGUCUGUCUCAGGAGCUCAGUAGUCCUGAUCAGAGUGCUGAGCUGAAGCUGCAGAACAGAGCCAUCGACUGGAAGAUCCCUCGUUUCAUAGGAGGAACACAACUGUCUGCUCUGUUCAAGCUGGAGGUCUCAGGUCUCAGCCCGUCCUCCUUGAUGGAGGUGGGUCCAGUGGUUCUGGUCUUUGAGCUCCCUCAGCUCACCGUCUCCGGUCUUCAGAUCCGGUUCCUCCGGUUGUCUCCGGUGCAGCCGGCUCCAUCUCAGCGCUGGAUUCGCUACGUCACCCACUCCGACUCCUACAUCCUCCGCCUCUAACGAGGAGCCCAGUUCUUUCAGAAUAAGAGCUCACCCCGUGACCUUUAUUUUGUUAACUGCUGGUUUUAAUCACACCGGCUGUAUUUAUUUGUCUUUUUUAUUUAUUUUUUUACCUUCAUGAAAUAAUCCGGCAUUUCUCUUCAUGUCAACAAAUCCCCAAACAUCAUGUUGGUCCGUCCCCCAAUACGGUCUAACUUCCUCUCUAAAUAAAUAAAUGUCGUCAAGUUUCA